CAAACAGGAACAUGGCUACCGGUGUGUAACAUCGGCUUGGGUUUUUUUGACUGACUUCCGUGGGCCUGACCUGUUGGCACGGUGUUUCGACUAUUACAUUCGUCCGUCCAAAUAAAACUCGUCGUUUAGAGUGUCAGUGGAUCUUGCUGGCACUCUGGAACAUCGUCUUUGUGCUUCAUUGGAGCAGAAAACCAGUGGGUCAACAUGGCUAGUCCAAGGACCAGAAGAGUGUUGAAGGAAGUGAGGACUGAAGAUGAAAACAAUCUGUGCUUUGAGUGUGGCGCUUUUAACCCUCAGUGGGUAAGCGUGACCUAUGGAAUAUGGAUAUGUCUGGAGUGCUCUGGCAAACACAGGGGCCUGGGGGUGCAUCUCAGCUUUGUGCGUUCUGUCACGAUGGACAAGUGGAAAGACAUUGAACUUGAGAAGAUGAAAGCAGGAGGAAACGGAAAGUUUCGUAUGUUUCUGGAACUCCAAGAUGACUAUAAUCCCAACUGGACCUUACAGGAGAAAUACAACAGCAGGGCUGCAGCUCUCUUUAGAGACAAGGUUGCUACUUUGGCAGAAGGUAAAGAGUGGUCCAUUGAGACGUCUUCUGCCAAAAACUGGACCUCACCUCAACCAAAGAGCAGCCUUUCAUCCUCUCAUCGCUCCGCUGGGUCUGGACAAAGUUCUGUAAAAUCUGGCGACAAAGCUUUUGAAGACUGGUUAAGUGACGAUGUAAACUCUUAUCAGAGUGGAGGUGGCUACAGUGGGAAUCAAGAGAAUCGGUAUGUGGGAUUCGGCAACACUGUGACCCCUGAAAAGAAGGAGGAGGACUUUUUGAACAAUGCCAUGUCUUCAAUUUAUUCAGGCUGGAGCAGCUUCACUGUUGGAGCCAGCAAGUUUGCUUCAAUUGCAAAAGAUAAUACUACAAAACUUGCAAACCAAGCAACCCUAAAGUUAAGGGGCUAUAAGGCGCCCCCUGAACCGGCAACAGAGUUAGGACAGACAAUAAAUGAGAAUGUUAUCAAACCUACACAAGAAAAGGUGAAAGAUGGCAAAUUGCUAGAUGAAAUGACAGUCAGCAUCACGGGGCUGGCAAACAAGGUUCAGGGAGCUGGUGCUAAACUGAGUGGUCUCUUCUCGGGAAAGCCAGAAGAUGGGUCGGGUGAUAGCUACCAAAACAUGGAUGCCGCUGAGGGAUACCAGGGCAGUAGCAGCCAGCCUGCGGGCAAGGACUUCUGGGAAACCUUCGGGAGCAACAACUCCCUAAAGGCCAAGAAGUCUCCCAGCAGCGACAGCUGGACCAUUGCAGAUAACUCUGCGAAGAAGAGCUCCGACAGUUGGGACAAUUGGGGCUCCGAAGCCGCCUCCAACAACAAGCACAGCACCGACAGCUGGGAGGCCUGGGACAACAACUGGGAGAAUGCAGAGGGUAAGACAAAGAAGAGUCCCACAAAGCCAGCCGACGAUACGUGGGACAAAGCCGACUGGUAAACUGCACACUGCAUCAUCUCAUUCCCCUUCCUCCUGUCAGCAUCUUCUCUGCCAGUCCGUAUCCUGUGUUUCCCAUCCACCCAAAACAAGUCGGGAUUGUUCAAUGUCGACUGUUAUAUUGACUUCCGUCAUGUUCACUGUUGUAAAUGAUCAUCCCAGGUUUCAAAGGUGAUUUAUUUUUGGAUCAAAUCAGGAGCUCCCAUUGGUCGCUGCUCAUCUUGUAAAUCUCUUCACUGCUUUUUCAGUUCAAAAGCUAGAGUAUGCAUGGAGAAAUAUUAUUGUACAUACGCAAUGCAAAAAUGUGUCUUUCACUUCAAUUCCAUUCCUUCAACAUCAAAAGGAUUGAAUGUGCCCCUCCCUUCUUUCCUGCAGCAGAUGUGACUGUUGAGUUCCUGCAGUCUGAGUUCCUUUUUCACAUCUUCACGGAAGAGGUGCAUAUCAAGUGUAUUAUUAUUGUAUUUAAGUAACAAAGAUAUUUAAAAUUCAAUUGGUUUUAAGCAUGUGGGGAGUUGAAAACGUAACCAGGCCUGUUUCUAUGAUCUUCUCAACUUUCUUGUAGACAUGCUCUUGACAGUAGUGACUAACUCGCAAUGUCUUUGACUACAAUCAAAGGUUAUUAAAAUUGUUUGUAGUGAACGCAGCAGCUGAAACACACGUGCAUAAUCUUGUUUUUAACUGAAGAUAACAUAUGAGAUCCGGACAUGGUGCAAAUUUGACGUGAGACUCAUGAUCAGUGCAAUAUGUGUAAGUAUUUUACGCUGUUAGUGUUUUAACUGUAGAGCUGGUCCCAUGUGGGGGAGUCUCUUUACUAACAGCUGGUCUGGUAACAUCAUUCCAUGUUCCUGUUUCUACCUCUGAAGUGAGCUCGUGCUGAGAGAGUUUCCUUUUUGCUGCCGCUCAUUUGCUUUAUUUACACUUGUAACGUCAGCCACAGUGACACAACUUCUUCUGGAACCUGUGUGUAGAACUCAUCCGUGGUCACUUUUGAAAAUGCCUUAAAGUCGUCUGUGGACGUCAGUCUAGUUCAGUGCGUGGUGUCGAGAGUUUAAACGUCGUCACCCUAUCGCUUAACAUCGUGGCAUGAAACAAAUGUUUAAAUGACAAAUGUGAUAUUUUGGUUCGACGCAAGAGAUAAUUUGUUCGGGUCUAUUAUCUGUUCUCGAUAACUGUCGUCUGGAAGUGUGUUUUUGUUCUGUGUUUACUUCAGCCACAUGGUACUUCAGAUUUGACCAGCCACAGCAGCGGAUCACCUCCAUGUGCGUGCCUCUCCAUUUGAGAAAUAACCAUGGUCAACAAAACUUUAUUUUAUUUUUGUCAGAAAUGCUAUUUUUGAUGUCAUGCAUGAGAUGUAACGUGGAGUUCUGAAGAGCCUCAGAAAAUAUUUUCUCAUCAGUGAAUCCAAGUGCGGCCGUCUCCAUGAAACCCAGCAGCCGUUUCAGCAGCUGCCCCAGUGUUACUGACGCAAAAUAGGCUGUGAAUGUCUCUCCUGUACGCAUUGUUUCUGUGGUGAAUAAAACGUGUUGUGCUGUGGAUGCA